CAAGGGCGUGGAAACUACUACGUGAUGUGGUUCAGCCCAACACUCUCCUGAUGGUGAUCGUGCUCGAGAAGGAACUUGCUGCCAUCUCCAUGCAACCAGGGGACGAUGUGAAGCCGGUCCUUGACAAGAUCAAGGACACCUAUGCAAGGAUGGCAGCAGCGGGCAGCAGUGUAUCUCAGCUGCAGCAGUGCACCAAGAUCAUCUCGGUGUUGGACAACUCUUGGGACAACCUCAUCCCCACCCUCAACUCUCAACAAGAUCAAUGGACACCUGAGUGGCUAAGGCAGCAGAUUCUGCAGGAGGACUUCCGCAGACGCCAUCAGACAAAGGGGAAGGACUAUGAUGAGGUGUUUGCUCCUGUGGGGAAAGGAACAACACUGAGGGUGCUGUUGGCGAUAGCUGCACUCCUGGGAUGGAAGAUUCGGCAGAUGGACAUUGUGACUGCCUUUCUGAAUGGGAUCAUUCUGGAGGAGGUGUACAUGAAGCAGCCAGAGGGGCUGGAUGAUGGGAGCGGCAGGGAGGAGCCGACAGUUGUGUUCUGUGACAAUGAGUCUGCAGUGAAGCUGGCCAAGAAUGCUUGUCUGCAUGGGCUGACAAAACACAUAAGGCCUAAGUGGCAUUGGGUGAGGAGACUCCUUGAUAAGGAGGUGCGGCUGGAGAUAGUGAAGACCCAUCAGCAGGCAGCAGAUAUUUUCACUAAGCGUCUGGCGGAGGCGGAUCAUUGGAAGGGCAUGAAGCUUGCUGGGAUGAGUGUGCAUUGAGUAUGCAUGCUUGAGAUGUGGUAUGGUC